AUGGCGAAGGGACGCAACGGCAAGAGCGGCAAGAAGACCACUGACAAUGCUCUGGAUAAGGACGUACCUGACUUACCUGCGAAGGAAUCCGCUGACAGCGGGAAGCCUCUCUUAAUUCCCGCUUCUGCGUCUGUGAUUGGUCCUUUUGAAGCCCCACCGGAGCUGCCGAUCGCAAGUGAGCAUGACGCUGGUUCACGACAAGAGAAAGCUGACGGGGAGGAGAUUGCUGAGGGAGAACCUCGUGAGGGGAUUGAUGCUGAAAGCGCUGAGAAUGACGGUGAUGAUAACGCGCAGCCGGCUGAAACCCCUGAUGACGAAGACGACGGUUACCUGAGUGAUGACUCUGAUGAGCAUCUGGAGCCAGACUCGCUUUACAGUAUUCUUGCUCUGAAACGCUUUUCACUAACCUUGUUGGUGCCGAUUUCCAGUAAGGUAGAAGUUAAGCGUGCUGCUAUCACUGUUGCUGCGAUGUUGAACGAUUGGCAAGAAUUAUUAUCGCCGGACGUGCUUCAAACCACCACUUACCAGGACCUUACACCGAUGUACCUCUCCCGUGAGCGCUACGGCCGUCUGCAAGUUACAUUCAACCACGUUCGAGAUGCAAACUUCGUUUGGAGCCAGAUCAUUCGUCAUGAAUGCAUCAAUGGCGAUUUCAUUGACCUCACCUGGCAGCACCCUGAGGAUGCGCGCUUCUUGCGCGAGCGUGUGCUAAACCCCACAACAAAGGAAGUGGUGAUUAAAGGCGUACCAGGAAUGAUGACGGCGGAACUGUUUCGUUGCUUGUUGGUGGUGUCGAAGCUGGUCAAGCGUGGUAGGAGUGCGUUUGCCAGCGGUUUUGGCUUCCAUCGGACGGUGGACCCGGUGUCUGGCCUGUUCAUCCCCCAUGCCGAUGAUGAGUACCGCUGGAGGUACUUUGUGGAAGAUCCGACUACGGGAAAGCACCCUGCUGUUAUCCUCACCUCCACCGGUGGAGCACGAGAGGAAUGGGUCUGCGUUCAGUCAGCGUGCGAAAAAGCGCAAGGAAAUCGGUUCAAGCAGGCAUCGGCCCACAUUGCAUCAGCUCGUCACAAGGGGGGCAUGCGGAAGGAGGGAUCAGCAACCCGUGCCAGCAAGUUCUCCCAGAAGCUGCUGGCUUUUAAGAAGGAGUACAUCGUGAAGCCGUUGAAAAUCUUACUCCGGAAGGAGGAGCUGUUGGAGGUGUACAAAAAGAGCUAUAAGGAGAAGCUGCAGGCAUGGGCAGGCAUUGAAGCGGAGCUAGAAGGGGAGGUGGCGUCGGGUACCCUGUCAGCACAAAUCAAAACGCGUAAGGCGAAGACCGCGAUCAGAGAGGUGUCAAGGAACGGGACCACCUUUCUAGGGGUAAAGGAGGUCCUCUCGGCGGCGACAGACCACUUCCGAGAGGCUUUCAUCUGUGCCGGAGGAGGUGCAGCACCUGCCACGGAGGACCAUCCCAUGCAGCGGCAGCUGGGGGAGAAGAGCAGGAGGUCGCUAAGCGCACCUUGGACGGAAGAAGAGGUAUGGAGGGCGGUAAGGGAGCUCGCCCCAGGGAAAUCGCUCGGAGCGGAUGGCUUGCCCAAGGAGCUUUUCGACCACAACUGGGACCUGCUGGGACCAGUACUGAUGGACCUGAUAAGGAGAUUCACGAGGGGAGAGGAGUUGCCGCAGAACGUCACAACAGCGAUGACCAUCCAGCUGCACAAAAAGGGGGAGAAAGGCGACUUAGGGAACCACCGGCCAAUAACACUUUUAAGCACAGUAUACAAGAUCGUGUCAAAAGUGAUGGCAAGCAGGCUCAAGAGGGUGCUGCACGAGGUCAUCUCUGAGGAUCAAUACGGCUUUAUACCGGGUCGACAGCUGGCAGACGCGGUGGCAACGGUAGCAGAUGCCAUAGAAGCAGGAGCUAACGGAAAAGAGGGCUGGUACCUGUUAAUGAUCGAUUUCCAGAAAGCAUUUGACUCAAUCUCGCGCGACUACCUCUUCAAUACGUUACAGAAGCUGGGCUUGCCGGAGGAGUUUCUGACCUGGAUGGAGGGGCUGCACAGAGAGGCAGGGACGCGCCUGCACAUUAAUGGGUGGCGGGGGAAAAUGUUACAGUGGAUAAGGGGGUGCGCCAAGGUUGUCUGCUGGCGCCGUAUCUGUUCCUCUGCACGGUCGAGCCGUUAUGUCUAG